GUCACUGACCUCUGAAGGGGUUGAAAAUAAAGUUGACGCAUCCAUGGUUGAAGCAAGAAGCUUAAAAAAGCGAAUUUUUGGUGUUUUGAAGGGCUAAAAUGGCGGGACGACGGGCGCUUCACUUUGUCUUCAAAGUCGGAGAUCGCAACACCACUGCAAAAUUCUACAGAGACAUACUGGGCAUGAAAGUCCUUAGACAUGAGGAGUUUGAAGAAGGCUGCAAGGCAUCUUGUAAUGGACCCUAUGAUGGGAGAUGGAGUAAGACUAUGGUGGGGUACGGACCAGAAGACAACCACUUUGUGGUGGAGCUGACUUAUAACUAUGGUCUCAGUACCUACAAACUGGGCAAUGACUUUCUGGGACUGACAAUCAAGUCCAAAACUGCCAUAGAGAAUGCAAAGAAGCACAACUGGCCAAUGACAGAGGAUGAGACAGGCCGCUACAUGACCCAAGCCCCAGGGGGGUACAAGUUCUACCUGCUGAACGAGGAACAGCCCAGUACAGACCCAGUGCAGAAAGUUACACUGGCUUCAUCUGACUUACAGAAGUCUGUGGACUACUGGUCCACACUGUGUGGUAUGAAACUGUACAGCAACAAUGGAAAAAUGGCUACCUUGGGGUAUGGUGACAGUCAGUGUAAGCUUGAACUCCAGGAUGUUGCUUCAAAGGUAGACCAUGCCACAGCAUUUGGGAGGAUAGCUUUCUCAUGUCCUAGGACCCAGCUUCCUGACAUUGAGGGUGCGAUGAAAUCAGAGGGUCAGACCAUCUUGACUCCACUGGUCAGUUUGGACACUCCCGGGAAAGCAACUGUGGAAGUGGUCAUUCUGGCUGACCCAGAUGGACACGAGAUCUGUUUUGUUGGUGAUGAAGCCUUCAGAGAACUUUCCCAGGUCGAUCCCAAGUCUGACCAACUCUUAAGUGAUGCCAUGGCAGCCGACAAAAGUGACGAAUGGUUUGCUAAGCACAACAAACAGAAGGCUUCAGCGUGAACAAUGGGAAGGGGAGCUG